AAAUCAGCACUACAAUACAACUCGUUCGGUUCAACUAUUGUUAUUAUUGGGCUUUAAUCUCUAUGUGCAUGCCAUGUACAAUUUAUUGCUGUUCUGAAGCAGAUGAACUCGUCAAAAUUUGAGAAGUGGACAUCAGUUUUUAACUUGGACUUCAAAUCAUUUGGCUUUGCUGCAUUGCACUGCAUUCAAAUGUGCCGAAACUAGUUACCGGUCUACAUCCAUUAGGAAUAAAAUAUAGUCAAAAAGUCAGCUGAUUGCUUGUCGUGUACAUUACCAUCUUUGAUCUGGUGCACUGCACUGCACUGUAAAACUUGUCUUUUGUGGGAUCAUUCAAGUCAAGUCUGGUUUAAUACAAUCAGUAGAAUGAGCGGACUGUAGCCAACUGAAAAUUGGCCACCAUGAAUUACGUGGGUCGCUUGAUAUCGGGUGUGAAGACCUUCUACAGUGAGAUCAAUCCAGCGACGCUGACAGGUGCCAUCGAUGUCAUCGUGGUACAGCAGCCUGAUGGCUCCCUCGUCUGUUCUCCGUUCCACGUUCGCUUCGGCAAGAUGGGCGUCCUUAGGAGCAGGGAGAAGAUUGUUGAUAUUCAGAUCAAUGGGGAACCCGUCGAUCUGUACAUGAAGCUGGGAGAGAGCGGUGAAGCUUUCUUUGUGGAAGAAAUAGAGGAAGAGGAUAAUGUCCCAGACCACCUUGCUACAUCCCCUAUCCCCACCUCGGGGAACCUCUUUAAAGAAGGUAUGAAAGAGCUUCACAGCCAAAGGCUGGGACGCCACUCCCGCUCCGAGACAGAGAGCAGUCGGGAAUCAGAACCACCCAGCAAGACGAUGAGUUCAUCCAGUCUCCGGAGCAGCAGUUCUCAGGCCCUCGGUAAAGAAACGGGAGUGGACAUGCAGUCGGUGGGAGAAAAACUUCGCGAUAUCAGCAUGGAAGCCUCAGGGUCGGGCAAAGCGAAAGAAAAGAAGUUGACAAAGACAAAGAACUCGUUGAAGACACUACAGGAUGUGGAAGACGUGGAAGCAGGGUCGAGCCAAGAGGAGGAUGUGUCCUCCAAGCUUGAACAGAGACUCUCAGGGUCAAGCCCUCUCACCACAGAAAGCAUCACGAUCGAAAGCGAAUCUAAAGCCAACAACUCCAGAAGCAGGAUACGUGCCAAAAGACGGAGGAGGAGAAGCGGGAAGGGUGGCAAGGUCGAAAAGACGCUGCCACAGAACAGUAAUGUCAGAAGAGUGGCUUCCAUGUCAGAAUCCAGCACCUCGUCUUCUCAGCAUUCCGAUGAGGAGUUGGAAGGCAUCUUCCCCAUCGAUGAUGUGGAGGGUGAUGAGGGGAACGAAGAGGAAGACGAGCAUCAGGUAGAUCGUCCAGUCAGCCUGGUGGCCGAUGAAUUUGUGUCUCAGGAGUGGAACAAUCUCACAACGCCAACUCAAAGACCUUUCCAUGUCUUCUCUGAUGGAGACUACACACCAAUUGUCAGCCCCCAAGCAACCCGUCCAUCCACGCCAAAGAGUGACACUGAAGCUGAUCAUCUACGUCAGUCAAACCUCAGGCAAGCCAACAAGGCAGCUGGCAUUGACAAGUUUGAGUGGAACUGGGGAGAACUGCCAGAGCGAACGGUCUCGCAACCAACCAUAAGUAUUCAGAUAUCUGCUGCCGAAUCCAUCUCUAAGCAACCAUUGGACGGCAAAAGCAGAAGCGACUCCCAGCCCUCCACCUCCCCCUCCUCCUCGUCCACCUCUCAGGGCAAAGCCGGGGAGGAGAAGAAGUCCUCCAUCUGGAGUAAGAUCUUCAGCAGUAAGAAUGAGGGUCCACGAGAGGAAGGGAUGUACCUCCAGGACUUGGCCUCAGAGGAGGUGGACCCAGAGGUUUAUGCACUCUACUUCCCAGAGAGCUCUCAAGUCCCUGCAAACCGCAUCAAGGCUAUCCAGGAAGCCAAAGACGAGGACAAGUCGUCCGAUCUCGGCAACUCACUACCUCAGUCGCCCAACACCGUCAUGGUGAGCGACUCUGAAUCACACCACAGCACGACCGACUCGCAUCACAGUGCAUCAGAUCUCCAACAGAGUAUGGACUCAGGGCAGGGAUGCCUUGAUACACAUGAGAAUCUUCGAGAGAUGCAGCUUUCUUUGUGCGGGGGACUCAAGGAAGAUGAGGACACGAUAGAAAUAGAUCAUUUCAAGAAGCACCUGAUAACCUACGAGGAGUUCAUCAAGGACCCGAGCAUGUUAACCAACCCUAAGCUGGUGAUCAGAAUCAAUAACAAGUUCUUCAACUGGCAGAUGGCUGGACCGGUCAUCAUCUCACAGCUUGCCUUCCAGAAACCUCUACCAGAUGUUGCCAGCAACUUGAUGAAGGAGAAUCUACCUAAAGGAAGGAAGAGUUUGACCUCAUGGUUCUGGGGAAGCUCACCCAAGCCAUCGACACCAAAGAAGGAGCUCCCAGCAGGGUCAUAUCAGGAUGAUCUCUUGAUACAGCAAAUUGAUGAUGAAAGGAUGAUGCGGAGAAAGAACUCGAUGGAAUCUGGUCCAAACUCUGCAGAUGAGAUGGAGAUGACAGGAGGAGAGAAAUCACAAAGGAUGAGACGAGGGACGGAGAGGUAUAAGAAGGCAAUCAGACUCUCAUCUGAACAACUGGCUAAAUUGAACCUCCAGCCCGGACCGAAUGAGAUUCGCUAUUCAGUGACAACUCGCUACCAGGGUACAAGUGUGUGUGAAUGUACCAUAUACUACUGGAACUACAAUACCAAGAUCAUCAUCUCAGACAUCGACGGUACCAUCACCAAAUCGGAUGUCUUCGGUCAGAUCCUGCCGAUGGUGGGUAAGGACUGGACGCACAUCGGCGUGGCACAGCUCUACUCCAACAUCAAGCUCAAUGGCUACAACUUCCUCUACCUGUCGUCCAGGGCCAUCGGUCAAGCCAGACUGACCAAGGGCUACCUCAACAGUAUUCAGCAGGACAAGGCUUCCUUACCGGACGGCCCUCUGCUUCUCAACCCCAGCUCUCUCUUCCAAGCAUUCCAUAGUGAGGUGAUUAUCAGAAAGCCAGAGGAAUUCAAGAUCAAAUGUCUGAAGGAUAUUGAGUCUCUCUUCCCAGCCAACAACAAGCCAUUCUAUGCAGGCUAUGGCAACAGAAUCAAUGAUACAUGGGCGUACCGAGCUGUAGGUAUCCCGGUCUCGCGUAUCUUCACAAUCAACCCUCAGGGAAAGAUCACCCACGAAAUGACCAAGUCAUUCCAAUCAUCGUACCCCAGGAUGAAAGACUUGGCGGACCACGUGUUUCCUCCUCUCCACCGACAGACCAGAAUGGCCUUUGAUGCCCCCGCUGAGUACAGCGGCUUCACCUACUGGCGUAGCCCCCUGCCCAACCUAGCACCAGAUGAUGACCUUCUCUCACCACCCUGAAGCAACAGGCUGUCAUUUUGUACUUACAAAGAUGGCUACCAAGUUUGGCUAAACCUGGGACCGGUUUCACAAAGCAUUUUUUCAAUGACAAAUUACAAACAUUAGUGACAAAUCUGCUGAUAACCAAUCAGAAGCAAGGAUUUCAGUAGCUUAUAACAACAACAACAACUGUCAUUUGUCACUGAUGACAAGUUUUAUGAAACGCCCCCUGGUGUAGAAAGACUGCUCAGGGUACAAGGCACCAGCUGCCUCUGUGUUUGUAAUGGCUGUUGAGAGGUUACAGACAGCUAUCACUAAGAUAUGAUUAUAUACAUCUGGGACGGACAUUUAAUGUCGCAAUCAGGAAGAUUCAGAGUGGAAGUUUUGAACUACGGACCCUCGUAUUUGAUUAGCAAGUGAAGACAAAGAGUUGGCGACUAGACGUACACACAUCUCUCUAAAUUGUUAGUCUAUAUGAACAGAGGAAAAAAUGAUGGUCUAGGUAGACGGAUCGUCUUUAUAUACAGGUGGAUAAAUCUGGAGUACUACUGCGACAAGCAUCCAUGUGCAGCUCCAUAAAGGAUGGACUGUUUAAAGAGGGUUUCAAGCCAUCUAUAAAACACCAAGAUAAGUGUUAAAGCAUAGCGUCAAAGAUAUCUAUAUGUUCAUCUCUGUGAGACAAGUUGUUACAACUCAUGUUGAAUGCUUUCAGAAACAGAAAUGGUGAGACGUAUAACCGGAAUAAAGAAGACAUCGUAUGUUAACAUCCAGAACGGCAUUGAUUCUUUAAAAUGAUACAAGAUAAAGCUAGGCUCUGAACAUAUGAUAUGAAUACUGCUUGAGUUCUUUCAGAUGAUAAAAGGGAAGCCUUUGCGUGUACAGCUGUGAAAUAAUACGACUCCACACUGCUGCAUAUGUACCCUGCUGCAUCUGUCCGACAGACAUUGCCUACUGCAUGUCUUUGAAGGAGCCAUUCAUGUAUUCAAAAUCUGUGGAUGUUUCUUCAUCAACCGUGGAAUAACGGAUCGUCCCAUUGGUGUUUGCUGUAGGUCUCUUCAGUGCAAGUACAGAUGUUGCCAAAUGUUGUUAAUGUCUCAGGAAAACAUUUUUUUGUCUGUUGUCUGUCUGAAGAACGAUUGCAAUUUACACAUUUAUGCAGGAGGUGGAAUUUGCUUGUAAGCUGUUUUUAAUUGAUGUAAUUUUGCAAUCAAACAUGCAAUCGGAACUUGUUCCUAAUAGGCAAAACAUCUCAACUUGAUAUCCAAUGUGAACCCACAAACACAUUCACAGAGUGUUUGUAUGGCUUCCAUGACUAGAUUCUGAAGAGGCGAUUUGGGGUUUGGAUAUCAUAUUUUAUUCACUUCACUUACAGCAGUAUAUCAUUAAAGGCAGCUGUUCAAUACAGAGGGUUAUGUGUAUUUGUAAUAUUGGACUUGACAAAACAUUUGCGUUUCUCAUUGCAGUAUUUCAUUGGAAGCAACUGGCUUCCAGCAAGAUUUCUAUAUGUUAAUGGUAUUAUAAAUGAAUAUGCUGCCUAUAGAUUAAUUAUAUCUAUACAUGUAUGGACAUUUAUACAUAUGAAUUUUACAUGUGCUGCAUUUAUGUUGGCCAUCUAUUCAUCUCAAAAAAAUGCAGGCAAGUUUUGUCAGCUUCUUAGUACAAAUUCUAUGUUUUCUGCAUAUUUAUUGUACGCUACUUAACAUUUCAUCAGUUUACCUCAUCAAUUUCAACUACAACUGCCCAUCUAAAGCUCAAUAUAUGCAGAUGUACAACUACAUGUAUGUGCUGUGUGAUUUGACAGUAGAUUGUGUAGGUUGGGGGAAGGUAUCAUUAAUAUGGUAGCUUAGUAUAAAGAACUUCAAGGAAAAGAUACCGCUGCUGCUGCAAGUUCACGUCUUGACAUCCUUUCAUCUUCCAGUCAUCCAACUUCCCAUUUUAAAAAACUUGAGCGAAGUUGCUGCUUGAAAAUGCUGCAAAGCCAUGCAAGAGAUGUGCACAGUAACCAUAACCAAGCUGUCCAAGUCUCAUGACUAGCCCUGAUGAAAGCAAAAUGCUUAUAGCAUUGUGAGGGUAUAGUUUGAUAAUUUAAAAAAAAAACUUGAUGCAAGCUGUGAGAAGCACUUCUUCCAGGGAAGUACAGUUGAUCGAUAAUAGUUGGAAUAAUUACUCAAUUUUUGUUCUUCCUCAUUUGUUCUGGUCAGAAGAGUAGAUAAAGGAUUUGUCAAAUUACAGAAGUUUGAUGCUCAGUUUGAAUGAUGGAUUUUCAUUGUUCAUUUGUAAAUCAAGCAUGAUAAGGUGAGAGUUUUAUUUGUGUUGGAGGAAAGCAUGAAAGUUUAAGUAAAUCUUUUGCUUGAUUUUGUUGUUUUGUCGUAAAAUGUGUGUGGAACAUAACAGUCCAUAAUGUUGAGGUAGAUAUCAUGGAUUAUCUUUAUAAGAAAAGAAAGUACUAUUCGUCUUUUAGUUAAUACCGUUCCAUAUUUUACUAUCACUAUUUUGCGUGUGUCGGAGUUUCUAUCAAGAACUAGAAAAGCAUAUGAGAACGUGAUUUAUUUUGCUUGCUUGCUUUGAAUGACGGGCAUUUACAUUAGGAGGGAUUCAUUUAUCUUUUCCCUCACUUUGCAAAGAUUCCUUGUACAUUUAUCUAGCAUAGUACAUGGUUUAUAGUUUAUUUUGAUAGAUUAUGCUUGUGCUUUCUAUUAUGUUUCUGUAUUGGACAUCAUUACUUUCACAAAGUGUGUUUCUGCAUAUGUUUUUUGUAAGGAAUAUUCUUAUUAUGUGCAAAUUAUUUUUUGAGCUUCCACAAUAUCUUUUAUUAGAUUUUAUCAUGGAUAUUUGCCAUUCUAUAAUUUGCAAUAUCAUUUUUUUUAUUUCAGCAAAUAUAAAUAUAUAGAUUUUGAUUUUGGUGAGAGCUUGAACUGUAUUCACAAUUUUUCACUCUCCAUCAUACCUGACUAUAAUGUAGAGAGAGCAGAAAAAACAUAUUUCUAUCAGAUGUUUAUUGAACUGGUACCAAGUACAGCAAAGACAAGAUUUGAAUUUAAUACAUGGUAUGCUUUUCAAGUUACAGAAAUCACAUCACAUGCAAUUUUCAUGUUGAAAAUCAGUAUUCUUAAACAUGUUUUUUUCUUCAUUCUAUUUUUACUGUAAAGUAUCUGUAUAGUAUCAAUGUAUUAGUGACUUCUUUUCAGUUCUCACUGUAUAUAUAUAUUGAUAUUUGAUGUAUGAAAGUGAGAAAAGACGAGGGAAUGUUUUGUUCACGGGCAAAGAGAAUUAAGGUAUUGGCGAAUUGAUAUUUGAUGAUUUAAAAAGUAUUAUGUCAGAUUUCUGGCUAUAAUCUUGAUUCAUUGGAUGAAGGAGUGAUGUUAAGCGAAGGGCAUGGCUGCGUUCGAGAGAUAUCUUUAUUCACAUAGACUUCCAAUGUAGAAAAAAAGCGAGAGCAAUUUAAUUUACAGCAAUGAUAGUCAAACUCCACUUUCCCUAAUGCUUGUUUUCUGGGGAUGAACUCUUGAAAAGGCACAAAAUAAAAGUGACCAUUAUUCUUUAUGUACGUGUGGCUUGUCUAUUUAGCCUCAGAUAUGCUGCAAUGAUUUUGUUUUGAGGAAGGUUUGGAAUAACUUAUAAAGGCUAUAAAUUGCUCACAAGACAAGGUCGCUCUUCAAUAGAGAUAAGGCAAUGCUCUUUAUGACUUAUUUGCGGUCUUAUUGAUAUUAUAGACCUGAUGAUUGUGGCUUUCAAAUUGUAAGGUUAUAGAUUCAAAGCAUCUUUCUUGGCGGAUAAAGUUAUGACUGUCUUGUCGUUGGUUUUGUGAAACAGGCCCCAGGUGCUUGGUGGCCUUUGGGUAGUCCUCUUUGCUUUCAUGUAAAGAAAACUAUGAAUAUCACUGUCGUCCCUCCCUGAUUAUAUGUAUAUAUGUGCAAUUUGAUUGUAAAAUUAUGUUUGUGAUGUUGGAAAGUCCAAGAAAAAUAGUGUUUAUUUUGAUCUGCUGGUACUACAGCAUUGUCCAGUUGUGUAAUUUACUAUUUUAUACAAA